AUGGUAAGAAAGAAGACAAAAAGCAGGAGAAGCACGAAUUCUCCUAGAAAGAGUGGAAGGCAUUCAAAUGCUUCAAACAAAGAAUCUUAUGAUCCAAAAGUGUAUGAAGUACAGAUCACAACAUUAAAGAAGAAAACAAAAGAAUAUCAGUAUGUGAUAGACAGUUUGAAGGAUUUAAACUCACAGCUUUCACUUCAGUUCGAGAAAGAUGGGUUAGAGGGUGAAGGGCUAAUUGGAUAUAUUCAAAAUUGCAUUCAACAUAAAGACCAAGAUAUUAGUGAACUGAAGGAAAAUCUAAGUGCACUCUGCAGUAGGAUGAAUGAAAAGCAGCUAGAACAUAAUAAUAUCGUGGCUAAACUCAGGUUUGAGAUAGAGGCCGUUGAAGAGAAACUUAAUUCUGAGAAGGCCGUUUUAACUGGUAAAAUAGCAUCGUUAGAAGAUCUUUAUGUUGAGAGAGCACAAUUACACACGAAGACAAUAGAAAUGGAAAAUCUAAUUGGAGAAACACGGAAAAUUAACAAGUUUAAGUAUCAUGAAAAAGAUUUAGAGUUGACAGUCACACAAGAUCAAUUAUACAAGGAAAUGUUGCGCAAACUGUCACAUUUGGCUGAAGAAUUUCGAAUAGCAACAGAAAAACGUGUUAACAAAACAGAACGUCGAACUUUAGAAUCAAAUUAUACACUAAAUGAAAAAUUAUCAUGUUUAAGCACUGAAAUGCUGAAUAUUAUGGGUAAAAAUAAAUCGUAUAAACAAGCCACUAAACAAUUGAAGCAUGAUGUUCAUGUCUUACGAGACGUUAGAAACGAAAUGCAUAAAAAUUGGUCGAAUCAGAUCCAAUCACUGAAGCAUUCGAUAUCUAAUUGUUUGGAAAAGGAAAAAAAGUUAUUCUCAAUUAAAGAAAUGUUCCCAAUGAAAGAAAAUGUUUGUAUACUGAAUAAGGACUUGUUUCAAACACAUAUUGACGAUAUGAAUAUAAAAGGAGAUGAACUCAAUGAAGAAGUACACAAUCUAAGGUCAAAGUAUGACGAGUCAUUAUCGCAGUUUGAAGAAUACAAGUACAUAAGGAGAGAAGAGCUACACCGUUUAAAGCAGUUAAUUCAAGCAAGAAAUCAUUUAUGUCAAUUAGUUUCCGAUUGUAAAACUGCACUACAAGAAGCUUAUGAAAUGUAUGAACCAGAAAGUAAUACAAAAUUAAAUUUCACUGAACGUGUUCAACGGUUCGACCAUUUGUUGACUGCAUUCUUUAUUAUAAUUUACACAUGUGAUCAGCUGAUUUCACGUAUUACUCCAUACCAGAUUGGAGAUUUUCGUUGGAAACGAUUAUCUACCUGUGUACCGUCAGCCUCAACAAGACAAUCACUUGGUGGUCAAAAGGUUAUGUUUAGUGACUCAGUGCAGGAUUCAUUAGCAACAUCAUCACUGGCUAAUGUCGACAGUCAAACAAGGAAGACAUUUUCAGGGAAAGAUGAGUCAACUGGAUCGAAUUUGGAGUCAGUUGAAAAAGAUGAUUUACCCAUAGACUUCCCCUUAGCAUCGAAAUUCGGCUUGGAACCAGUUGAUCCGAACAAGCCACAAACUAUCAAUUCAAAUUUACUUAAAGAAUUAUCAAAAUGUUCACGUCAGUCAGGAAAACGAACAAAUACACCAUCAGUACAUACAGUUGCUGUGCAAACGGAACCAAUAUACAACAACAACAACAAUAGUAACAACAAAAAACAAACAGAGAAAUUUAAACAAAAGCGAUCCAUUGAAUUAAUUCAUUUUAGAAAUCGUCGUGGUAUUCUACACCUUCCGCUAAUCAAUUCAACAAUUCUAGCACCGAAAGAAUGCUAUGAUGAAUUGUACAGUUUUAAUAUUCGACCAAUUUAUAAACACAAAUCACCCCAGUUACCGAGUUUAUAUCAGUUAGCUAAGAUAUAA